AUGGGUGAAACUUGUACUAAUAAUAUUGAUUUAUCAAAUGGAAUCAAAAACUGGAACAAGGAUGAAAAAUUCGAACUUUUGCAAGCUUUAAAACUCUAUAGUUGUAGUGAUGUCGAAAAAUUAAGUAAGCAUAUUACCACUAAAUCUCCGGAAGAAGUAAACGUUGCAAUAGCGUAUUAUAAGAAAAAAAUUAUGAAAGAUCCCAUUCUCUGUCAAAAAAUUAAGAAAGAAAAAAAGCGGAAUCGUACCAAUUUUAUCCCUCUAGCUGACUGGGCAAAACUUCUUACGGAUUCUCUUAGUUUUAAAGAACUUCAUACUGAGACUGCAACCGCUCUUCGCAUCAUAGCAGACUUUGAAGACUUUCCCCCAGCUGUUUGCACGAAUAGUAUUGAUUUCAGUAAAAUAUAUCAUGCAUUAGCAAAUGCGUUAGAGGGAAAAGCAUUGCCAAAAGAUAAAGGUGUGGUUGCUUUCUUAGAAAAAUGUUUGGUUGAUACAGCCCUAACAAGUAAAGCUUUUAUCAGACAGUCUAGUUGUAAAAAUAUUAUUAAAUCAAUUAACAUGUCUGAUAGAGCAGUAAAUUCUUUUCCUAGACCAACGGAUAAUCAGGAGUUGGUACAUAUACGUCAUUUGGCCUCACAAAGGUCAUAUAACCCCUUCAAUAUAUCAGAAGAUUUUUUAAAACCCUGUCAGUGA